ACAUAAUUUAAUAAAUUUUGUGCAGUUUAGUUUUAUCAGUUUUAUUAAAGAAAAUGCCUGAAGAAUCUAAUAAAAUGGAUAAAGGCCCAGUGCUGGGAGUGAGGCACGUCCAAGUGGUGAUGCUGUUCUUCGCCAUGGUGAUCUGCUUCACCAUGAGGGUCAACAUCAGUAUGGCGAUUGUUGCCAUGACUGACACUUCUAGUGCUGGAGAAGGCGUGUUCGACUGGAACAUGCAGAUCCAGAGUGUGAUCCUCUCCUCCUUCUUCUGGGGGUACAUAAUACUGCAGAUCCCUAGUGGUGAGCUGGCAGCCAGGUACGGAGGUAUGAUCCUCGUCACCAUCUGCAUAGCUGUCAACUCCGCCGUGUCGCUGCUCAUUCCUAUUGCGACUUAUUAUGGUGGUUGGCAGAUGUUGUGCGGAUGUCGAGUCCUUCAGGGUCUAUCUCAAGGCUGUUUGUAUCCGACGAUGCAUAACCUUAUUGGCAAAUGGGUUCCGUUGGAGGAAAAGAGUAGACUCGGGACCCUAAUAUAUGGAGGUGCUCAGCUGGGAACAGUUAUACAGUUAGUAGUAUCAGGCUUUAUAGCAAACUCCUGGGGCUGGCCAGCCAUCUUCUACGUCAACGGUGCUACCGGUGCCAUCUGGGUGGUAGCCUACGUGUUCCUCGGCUCUGACUCUCCACAGCGAUCGAAGAUGAUCGGCGAUACUGAGCGGUUGUACAUUCAAACAUCUCUUGGACAAGUGGGAGAACAGAAGAGGCUGCCAACUCCUUGGAAGAAGAUCAGCACAAACCUGUCCUUCAUUUCCUUGAUAGUAGUCCACUGCGGACACAACUGGGGUUUCUGGACGCUGAUGACUGAGAUGCCGUCAUACAUGAAGCAAGUGCUCGGAGUUGACAUUAAAGCGAAUGGUCUAAUGUCAGCUCUUCCUUACCUGGCGAUGUAUAUGCUGAGUUUCCCCUUCGGAUUCCUAUCGGAUUACAUCUUGGAGAAGAAAUGGCUCAGCAUCAGCACUUGCAGAAAACUUUCCAGUUCUAUCGGUGAAUACGGUCCCGGUUUAGCCUUGAUUGCGUUGUGCUACGUCCCCGCUGGUGACGUCAUGCUGGCUGUCACUCUACUCACUGUCGUGGUUGGACUUAAUGCUGGCCAUAUGACUGGAUAUUUGCUGGUCCACAUCGACAUGGCUCCAAACUUCGCCGGCACUAUGAUGGGCAUCACGAACUUCUUUGCAAACAUCAUCGGCAUCAUCGCACCUCUAGUUGCUGGAGUUAUCCUCCAAGAUGAGACCGAUCCUACACAAUGGCACCAAGUGUUCUACGUAUCGUCUGCUAUCUACAUCGCCACCAACACUUUCUUCGUCGUCUUCGGCACCAGUGAGAGACAGAGUUGGAACGAGCCUGAAAAUAACCAGAUUACUGCUGAUCCAGAAAAGAAGGCUGAAAAAGUAGUUUAAGAAUUCACUGACAUAAGUAUCCUACCUACCUGUAAUGCAUUUGUAAAUUUUGUAAAUAUUAAUAAAUUAUGUUUCAACAAAA